GGGAGCGGGGCCGGCGGCGGCGGCGGCGGGGCUGGGAGCGAUCGGCGGCGGCGAGCGGCUCCCGGAAAGGUCCCGAAACGCGGCUCGGCAACUUCGGAUCUGCCCCGUACGGAGCUCCGCGGAGAACGUAGGGGAGCGGGACGGGCCGUCCCGUGCGCUGCAUGUGGGCACCGCGGGCAAAAUGCUUUCUCUGAAGAAAUACUUCACGGAAGGCCUCAUCCAGUUCACCAUCCUGCUCAGCCUGAUCGGCGUUCGCGUGGACGUGGACACCUACCUGAACUCCCAGCUCCCCCCUCUCCGAGAGAUCAUUCUUGGCCAGAGCUCUGCGUACACCCAGACCCAAUUUCACAACCUACGCAACACCUUGGACGGGUAUGGCAUCCACCCAAAGAGCGUAGACCUGGACUAUUACUUCACUGCUCGCAGGCUGCUGAACCAGGUGAGGGCACUGGACAGAUUUCAAGUGCCCAGCACUGAAGUCAGUGCCUGGUUGGUGCACCGUGACCCCGACGGCUCCGUGUCCGGCACCCAGCCCAGCACCGGCAUCGCCCUCGAAAACAGCGGUGCUCUGCAGGAUGGCAACGGUCCUGAUGGUGCUGUGAGGGAGAACGGGGCUGAGCAGGGCUUUGGGGAAGAGCUGGAGGACCUGGGAGCUGUGGCUGCCCCAGUGAACGGGGACCUGACCAAAGAGGACAUCGAUUUGAUUGACAUCCUGUGGAGACAGGACAUCGAUCUGGGCGCCGGGAGAGAGAUUUUUGACUACAGCCACCGGCAGAAAGAGAGCGAAGUGGACAAAGAGCUGAGCGAUGGGAGGGAGCGCGGGGACGGCUGGAGGAGCGCGGGAGCACAGGUCACCAAUAGGAACCUGCUAGUGGAUGGCGAGACCGGGGAGAGCUUCCCUGCGCAGGUGCCUGGCGUGGAGGAUCAGACGGCCCUGUCCCUGGAGGAGUGCCUUAGGCUGCUGGAGGCCACCUUCCCUUUCGGGGAGAACUCGGAGUUUCCAGCUGCAGAUGUCUCCACCCUAAGCGAAGCUGUGCCCAGCGAGAGCCGGCCUGCGGGCAUCCAGAGCAGCCUGCUGUCUCCUCUCCUCCCAGAGGCCGAGUCGCCCUUCGAUCUGGAGCAGCAGUGGCAGGACCUCAUGUCUAUCAUGGAAAUGCAGGCAAUGGAAGUGAACGGCACGACCGCUGAAACCCUUUACAACGGCACGAGCGGAGACCUGCUGACUUCUAACUACAACCUCGCCCCAAACACUCCCAUCAAUCAGAAUGUCAGCCUGCAUCAGGCCUCUCUGGGCAGCUGCUCACAGGACUUCUCCCUCUUCAGCUCUGAAAUUGAAAGCCCCUCCAUGGGCGGCAGCUCAGCGCUGCUGCAGCUGGCGCCGGACAACUCCACCGGCCUCAACACCACCUUCAGCUCCACCAACUUCAGUGGGAUCUUCUUCCCCCCACAGCUGAACAGUACGGUCAAUGAGACGGCGGGCCCCGAGCUGCCCGACCCGCUGGGCGGCCUUCUGGAUGAAGCCAUGCUCGAUGAGAUCAGCCUGAUGGAUUUGGCCAUCGAAGAAGGUUUCAACCCAGUGCAGGCCUCGCAGCUGGAAGAGGAGUUUGAUUCUGACUCAGGUCUUUCUCUGGAUUCUGGCCACAGUCCCGCUUCCCUUAGCAGCUCAGAAGCCUCUUCCUCUUCUUCUUCCUCCUCUUCCUCCUCCUCCUCCUCUUCCUCUUCCUCCUCAUUUUCGGAGGAAGGAGCUGUCGGCUACAGCUCAGACUCUGAAAACGUGGACUUUGAGGAAGCGGAAGGGGCGGUUGGGUACCAGCCUGAGUACAGCAAGUUCUGCCGCAUGAGCUACCAGGACCCGGCGCAGCUCCACUACUUGCCUUACCUGGAGCACGUGGGCCACAACCACACCUACAACAUGGCACCGGGGAGCCUGGAUCCCGAGGAGCCCAAGCUGCCCAGCGUGGGGAAGAAGAGCAGCAAGGAGAAACCGUCCGAGUUCCUGGAUAAGCAGAUGAGCAGGGACGAGCAUCGAGCCAGAGCCAUGAAGAUCCCUUUCACCAACGACAAGAUCAUCAACCUGCCCGUGGAGGAGUUCAACGAACUGCUCUCCAAGUACCAGCUGAGCGAGGCGCAGCUGAGCCUCAUCCGAGACAUCAGGAGGCGAGGCAAGAACAAGAUGGCUGCCCAGAACUGCCGCAAGAGGAAGCUGGACACCAUCCUGAACCUGGAACGCGACGUGGAGGACUUGCAGAGGGACAAGUCCAAACUGCUCAGGGAGAAGGUGGAGUUCCUCAAGUCCAUCCGCCAAAUGAAGCAGAAGGUGCAGAACCUCUACCAGGAGGUGUUCGGCCGGCUGCGCGAUGAGAACGGCCAGCCCUACUCCCCCAGUCAGUACGCCCUGCAGUACGCCAGCGACGGCAGCGUCAUCUUGAUACCUCGCACCUUGGCUGACCAGCAGGCCAGGAGGCAGGAGAGGAAACAGAAGGACCGCAGGAAGUGAGGGAGGCACGCGGGAGGAGUGGGAGAAUCGCUCAAGGUAGAACUGGAGAAGGGCUGAGCCUGGAAGUGCUUAGAGGAACUUUCAUGCCUUCUUAUCCAAUAUAUCUUCUGAAUCGUGACUGCUGCUGCCGGUCAGUUGUGCAGGAGGGACUGCGGCCGAGCGCUCCCUGUGGGGAGGGACGGGGAGGAGCGGACAGUGCACUGGCGAGCCCAGCACCUUCCACAGCCUGGAAUCCUUUGAGCGCAGGAAAUCAGCUGGCAUCACUGGUGGGGAGAUGGGCGGAGGCGGAAAAACUACUGUUAGGAACUGGCUUUAAAUAAGAAAAGAGAUUUAAGCAAAUGAACUUAAAAACCAAGCGAUAGGAGAGACGUUUUUCUGAACUUCCAAAGUUCUGUGAUUUCAGGUAGUUGUUUUGUUUUUUUUUUUUUCGUUUUUCUUUUAAUUUUUUUUUUUCCUGAACCAGUUUUGACAUCAGUGUGUGUGAUUCAACCCCGACUUAAUUCCAGAUUAGCCACCAUCCCUUUCUAGAUCAGACCAGUGCACGCAUGGCGACACGAGCGGCGCGGCCUUCCGUUAACCCUUCCAGCUCCGUGAGGAAGGGAGGGCUGUGCUGCCUUGGGGCAUGGAGCCGG